AUGGCUCCAUCACCAGCCGCGGCGGAGGAACGCGCCGUGGAUGCAUCUAGCGACGUCGUUCAGAAAUCGCCCAAGCGGAAAUGGGUCAGUUACAUCUGGGACACGUUUGACAAAUCGCCCGAGGAGAGGAGAUUGCUGUUCAAGUUGGAUACGGCGAUUUUGACGUUUGCUUCGUUAGGUUAUUUCAUCAAAUAUCUGGACCAGAUUAACAUCAACAAUGCUUUCGUGUCGGGAAUGAAGGAGGACCUGAGUCUCUACGGAAACGAGCUCAAUUACAUGCAGACCUGCUGGACGGUUGGCUAUGUUAUCGGCGAAAUACCCAGUAAUAUCAUUCUGACUCGGAUAAGACCUCGAUACUGGAUUCCGGCUAUGGAACUUCUGUGGACAGUCCUCACGUUUGCCAUGUCAAGAUGUAACACUGCGACACAGUUCUACGUUCUUCGUUUCUUCGUUGGACUGGCGGAAAGUACCUUCUACCCGGGCAUGCAAUAUAUAAUCGGAUGCUGGUAUCGCAAAGACGAGCUCGCGAAGCGGUCGUGUAUAUUCCACACAAGCAGUGGCAUAGCGAGUAUGUUCUCUGGGUAUCUGAUGGCAGCAGUGUAUAACCUCGAAGGGAAAGGUGGGUUCCGUGGAUGGCAAUGGCUAUUCAUAGUCGACGGAAUCAUCUCUAUUCCCGUCGCUCUGAGCGGAUUCUUUGUGCUGCCUGAUGUCCCUGAGAUCAGUAAUCCGUGGUAUCUGAGCAAGGAAGAGGUAGCGCUAUCACAGAAACGAAUGGUGUUGGAAGGGCGGAAAUCUCGAGAGCCUUAUACGAAGGCAAAACUAAAGAAGAUAUUCACUUCGUGGCAUAUUUAUGUGCUGACGCUGUUGUAUAUGGCCUUUAAUAAUGGUGGCGCGGGUGGACAGCCGAUCUUUCAACAGUAUCUCAAAGCCUCCACGGACCCCAAGUACUCGGUCGGGCAGAUCAACGCCUAUCCGACCACAACGAGUGCUGUGCAGGUUGUUACUACACUGAUAUAUGCCUGGACAUCGGAUUCUAUUCUAGGUGGCAGGCGCUGGCCGCCUAUUCUAUUCGGCGGUGCCGUGAACCUAACCUGCUACAUCUCUCUCGCAAUCUGGGACAUCCCUGAAGGCUGGAGAUGGGCGUGCUUCAUAAUGUGCGGCGCAGGUUUCGGUCUAAGUGGGCUCUGCAUGGCAUGGGCGCAUGAAAUCUGCUCCGACGACAACGAAGAACGAGCGCUCGUAGUCGGAAGCAUGAACGAAAUGGCCUACGUGUUCCAGGCCUGGUUACCGCAAGUCGUAUGGCAGCAGGUCGACGCACCACAGUACCGCAAAGGUUACAUCGCUGUGACGAUCAUAUCGACGAUUAUGAUCGCGACGGCGUUGGCGACGAGGACGUUGCAUCACAGGGAGAAUGCGCAGAGGGCGUUAAGGAAACAGGAAGAUGAGCAGGCGGGAGACAGUAGUUUGGCGAGCUCGCCGAAGGUUACGCCUGCUGAGCAAGAGGCACCGAAGCUGUAG